AUGAUUGAAACUACACAUCCAAAGCAAAAAGAUGGCAACAAAAGUCUCUUUUUCACCAAUUAUAAUACUCUCAAAUUUUUUACAGCAAGUGAAAUGAGGGACCAUGUUAUUGUCGAGAACAUACACGAGCGCCAGCGAGAAUGGGUAAAGCAAGAAAGCCAGCAAAGCAGUCCAGAGUGGAAAUGUCGUGCGGAAACUGGCAAAUACACCCAUCACAACACAAACGAUGAGGAUGACGAGCACCUCAGACGAGAAAUCCCACAUCAAACCCCUCACAUAAACGAGAGCCAAAAAGACCGAGAGACAGAGCACAUUGUUCAUGGUGACGGCCCCAUAAAGCUUGAGGCGGAUCUCUGCUUUUUCCGGCUGGCAAAAAUGAUGGCAGACACUGCCUCACUCGAGUUUGUAGCUAACGGUAGAAAAAUGAAAGAAAUGAAGAAAGUAGGGAUACUUGUGGCGUUUGAGAAAUUAUCGACAGCAUCAACCAGAGGAUCUGCAAAUGCAGCUGCAAUGAGAGUUCCGAGCAGCAACAGAAGCACGGCCUUUACUUCCACUGAGGAUUCUCGACACUCUCAACAAUUUCAUCACUUUGGUCUCCCAGAAGUGACCACUGUGAGAACCUCUGCCACGCUUGGCCUCCUCAAGCCAUCUCCCAAUUCCAUUAAUGAAUUCCCGCAGUUCCGAGUACGAAAGGUAUCCAUCGUCAUUUUCGUCAAUCGCUUUAAACAACCUGUGAUAUUCGAAUUAGACACAGGCAUCAAUAGGAAAGCAGGGUUUGAAAUGAGUGGAAAGAAUAGGAACAGAAUUUACUUUGUCAGGACUUCAACAUUGGGCCUCCCAUCCUCCGUGGCGAGUUUGCCAAAGGCACGCAUUUUUAAAUGCUUCAAGAUUCCUGAUAUGACGUGCUUGUGCUUUGCAUAA